AUGGUGCAUGUUCUGAAAGCUAAUCAAUCCUCACCGAAGAUUCUCGAAGUCAUCACGAAGACAUUAGAAUUUCAUACUUCCACCAACUAUCAAAUUAAAGCACCCCAACCGUUCACUUCCGAAGUUCACGAGGAUAUUCUCCUUGAUUUGAAUCGAAUCAAACAACAGAAGUACUCUUCCGACUACGACCUCCAUGUUGACAUUUUCCGCAGCCUCAAGCGUCUAAAUGAUGGGCUUUACACAAACUACCUACCAAUUCCUCUGGCUCUUUUGACCGACGAAAAAGGGAAUCAAGAUGUUUACAUUGCCCCUGAGGCCUUCACCGUUGCUUCUGCUGAAUUUGGUGCAGAUAUUGAGUAUUGGCAAAAUGCGUUGCCAGGAACCCUGAAAGGAAAACUCUCAUCGCUUUCUGGUGCCAAAGUCCUGCUUAUUAAUGCCCUUCCCCCCUUCGCGGCUGUUAACGCCAAUGCUGCCAUUGCUGGAAGCUAUCAAGCGCUUGGAGCUAGGCAAAAUGGGCAAUUGUGCAGAUUUUUUUCUAGUUACAGACGGGUGGCUGGCGGCUGGACCUACUUGAUGGGAAAUUUUGCCCAACAGUCGCUUCCCUUGUCCGACAGUGUUCUUUUGACUGUUCAAAGGGUAAACCGCACCAUUCCCGAUACCUUUCUGUUACCGUAUCGCAGCAAGAGAGCUGUCGAUGCCUUUGGGGAUACUUCAGGUUGGAGAUCAGUAAACUGCAAAGCAAAGUCGACCACCAAUGGUCAGGAUAUCUACUCCGACACCGUUAGGACCCAAUCGAGAACACCGAGCCGCUACGUCAACCAAUUGAUAGAUGAAUCUCCUUUUUCGAAUGUCAUUUUACCUCCUACCCUUGUACCAAUUCUCUCGCCGGUCGAUGGAAGCUACAAUGCUGCACAAUUUUAUCUAUUGCAGGACAAGAAGACUGGAAUUUUGGCUCUUGGAAGCUUCUCCGAUGCGGAUUACUAUGGAUUUAUGAAUAACUUAUUGAAGGGAUUGCUGGAAUUGAAGUCGUUGGGGGCAACACAACUUAUCGUUGAUGUCACGAACAAUGGAGGCGGGUAUAUCUGUGCUGCACACUGGCUGCAUCGUAUUAUCGCUGGGCCAAAAUCUACUACUGUUCCUCAAGCUGGUCUAGAUACGACGACACGAAAUGGUGCUCUCGCUCAACUCAUUGUCAAGAAGAUCAUAUACGAGGAUCGUGAUCCUGCGGACCGACUUCUAUAUAAUCCAACUCAAUGGAGAGACGCAAGUAAUAACUUUUUCGCCGAGACACAUGAUUGGCUACAGCCUCCUAUUCCUGUAAUCAUCAAUGGGCGAAAAGAUGCCUUCUCGCAAAGGCUGGGUCAAGAAUGUCAACCAGAAGGCUUCCCAUCAAAUCCUCCUGUAGAAGCGCUAUUUGAUCCCAAGAAAGUAGUAAUUGUAUCCAAUGCCAGAUGUGCUAGUUCCUGUUCACUGUUCAGUAUUGCAAUGCAAAAGCUUGAAGGUUCUAGAACCGUUGUGAUAGGUGGUAAAAAGGACGUGAAGCAGCAGUAUUGCGGUACUAUAGGGGGACAAUCAACUUCUUUCACAACAAUCGACACAGAGAUUAAGACCACUGGCUUAAAAAAUAACACAUUGGCGCCACCAGAUCUCAUGGUCAAUGGAUAUCUUGGGAUCACUUGGAGACUUGCCUACGGCGUUGAUAAACCUACGGAACCAGCAGAAUGGCAAGAUCACCCGGCAGACUUUAACUUGCCUCUUACUGCGAACCUUACAAACAAUCCAGUUGCCAUAUGGGAGGAAGUUUCAAAGCGUUUAUUGGCGUGA